GCGUCGUUUCAGUGCGCCAUCAGACAUCGCAGUGCAAAGACCGUGAUUUUUUAACAUGUCGCGAUCGUUGUUGUUGUUGUCGCCAUUGCUCUUGGUUACGAUCUGUCUGUCUGGAAUUGAUUACACACAGGCCCAGCAAACCAACUUGAAGCUCCAACAUUGGCCCGACGAUGAGACGCAUUUUAAUAACAGUCUGACGGCGAUACUCGUGCCACGCGUCGUUGGGAGUCGUGGACAUGAGCAGGUUCGCAAUUACCUGGGGAAUUCCCUCAAUGGCCUUGGCUUUCAAACGGAAGUCGACGAGUUUCGCGAACAAGUGCCAAUAUUUGGCGAGCUAACGUUCGCGAAUGUCAUCGGGUAUAUCAAUCCACAGGCGGAGAACUUCUUGGCCCUCGCCUGCCACUACGACAGCAAGUAUUUUGCUAAUGAUCCGGACUUCGUGGGUGCCACCGACUCGGCAGUACCCUGUGCCAUACUUUUGAACACGGUUAAAGUUCUGAAUACUUAUCUGCUGCAACAAUUCCGUAAUCGUAGUGAUCUCGGUCUAAUGCUGAUCUUCUUUGACGGCGAGGAGGCCUUUAAGGAUUGGACCAACAGUGACUCAGUUUAUGGCUCACGUCACUUGGCCAGCAAGUUGGCGCGCACACGGAGCGGGAAUCCCGUUGGAGGUCAAGCAAAUCUGGCACCACGUCACAUUGAUCGCAUUGAAGUGCUUGUGCUUCUCGAUUUGAUUGGUGCUCGGAAUCCAAAGUUUUCCAGUUUCUACGAGAACACACAUGGUCUGCACUCCAGUUUGGUGGAAAUUGAGGAAGAGCUGCGUAAAGCUGGUAAACUGCAGGGCAAUAAUAAAAUGUUUUUCAAUCGUCCUGCUGGUGGAUUUGUCGAUGAUGAUCAUCGUCCAUUUCUGCAGGAGAAUGUGCCCAUAUUGCAUUUGAUUGCGAGUCCUUUUCCGGACACAUGGCACACACCCAGGGACAAUGCUGACCAUCUACAUUGGCCGUCCAUUCGGAAUUUCAAUCGCAUCUUCCGCAACUUUCUACAUGAGUAUCUUAAAGCACACAAGCAACCAGUUGAUUUUCGUUCCUAUCGCCUAUAGGUACAAGUGUGUAUAAAAUGGGUAAAUGUGCUUAAAUAUUAUCAUUGUAUUUAUCAUGUAAAUUGUGUUUUUGUUAAUAAAAGUGUCCUAGUUACAAC